UCCCAACCACUCCGUGAUAUCAUCGCAAUGAACUCAUCAUACGACGAUAUCUACAUCAUGGACUUGGACAUCGAAGAGUUUCCAAAUCUUAGCGACAUGCUCCCAACACUUACUAAAAAAACAUCAUUAGAUUACGAAAAUAUACCAGGCGUCAUCGUCAAAAACCUGUCAAUUGACUUAGAUAAAAUCAACAUAAAAAAAUUUAAGAAGAAAAUCACCAAAAUUGCUGACUUUAUGGGUAAAAACGACCCCACACUUAAUGCGUCUAGAAGGCAAGCUACAAUAAAAUCAAAAAAUUGGUAUAAUGAAAGAGAUGGGUACACCUUUCUGGUCAAACGCAAGAUCCUAGAUGUAAUGCUUCAAGUACUGUACAUGGCACGCCAUAAAGUGAAGCCCAUCCAAAAGAGUAAAUACUUCAACAAUAAGGGCUGGGUUUACCGCAUCGCAUUCUUAUAUCAGCGCCUGAAAGUCAUUUACAAGAGAAUCUUGCGUCGUUAUUUAUUUGUGGCUACUGCUAAAAUCACAUAUAUCUGGGAACAUUUAAGAAGCCAUUGGAGACUUAUAGAUUACCACGUGUUGUUCGACCAUACCUUUCGGGUAUUAUCAAAAAUUCAUGAUAUACACAAAUCACAUGUGAAGCACCUGGAGAAUCUUGGACAACCAAAAUCAAGCCAAAAGUAA